CAGGCCGCGCCAGAGAGCUCCACGUAUAAAAAAAUUACAUAAAUAGGCUGUCUACUUACAGCUAGCUUGCACAGGCUUCUGCCGCGCAGCACUCACGCGCACUCGCCGCGCAGCACUCAGCUCUUAGCGGCACGCACGCCUGGGCGAAAGCCAAAUCGCAGACCCUGCCGCAUAGCGCUGCAGCCCUCCGCCGGACGCACGCCUACGCGAAAGCCAAAAUGCCUCGGCGCCGGACCGGCCUGCGGGCGGCGGCGGCGCGCGGCCUCGCCGUCGUGGCCAGCGCGCGGGCGCAGUUCCAGUUCGAGAUCCCGCAGGGCAUGUUCGAGCAGAUGCACGGCAUGGGCGGCGGCGGCCGCCGCGCGCCGCGCGGCCCGAGCGCGCCGAGCGGCAUCCACGACAACUUCGACUGGCUCAAGGCGACGAGCUGGCACUGGAACGCGUGGCGCGACGUGCGCUUCGGCGCCGACGGCCGCUUCGAGGCGCCGACGCCGGACUGCCAGCAGGGCCAGUGCAAGUGGUCGGCGGACGAGUCGACGAUCUACAUCCGGUGGGGCCAGGCGGGCCUGCACAAGCUGCGGCCCACGAAGAUGGAGGCGGCCGCCGACACGCGGCUCAAGGGCAAGCGCGUGCAGGACGGCGAGAAGUGCUCGGCGACGUUCCUGAGCAAGGAGGAGCGCGACGAGGACCUGGACCUGUACGAGGUCCUGGGGCUGGACGACGAGGUCGACCAGAAGGAGAUCAAGAAGGCGUACCGGAAGCUGUCGCUCCGGUACCACCCCGACAAGUGCAAGAAGGAGGUCGAGGUCACGAAGGCCGACGGCACGACGACCACCGAGGACUGCGCGAAGCUCAUGAACCGCGUGACGCUCGCCUACGAGGUCCUGGGCGACGAGGACAAGCGCAUCCUGUACGACACGGGCGGCCUCGAGAGCGUCAAGGAGGGCGUCGAGGAGGACGAGGGGCGGGGCGGCGGCGGCAUGGACCCGUUCUCGAUGCUCUUCGGGGGGGGCGGCGGGCGGCCGCGCGGCGGCGGCAAGCGCGGGCCCGACGCGCGCGUGGAGCUGGCCGUGUCCCUCGAGGACAUGUACCUGGGCAACGUCGUGGACGCGGCGAUCACGCGGCGCGUCGUCUGCCGCAAGUGCGCCGGGCGGAGCGACGGCAAGUGCGCGGGCUGCGGCCGCUGCCCGAACGAGGUGCGCAUGGUCCAGCGCGAGAUGCGGCCGGGCAUGAUCGUGCAGCAGCAGGAGGAGGUGCACUCGAAGGAGAAGUGCAAGAACGAGGAGACGAUCCUCAAGGCGCACGUCGAGCGGGGCAUGGGCACGGGCGCGGAGCUGAGCUUCCCGCGCAUGUCCGAGCAGCGGCCGGGCCAGAUCCCGGGCAACGUGGUCAUGACGCUGAAGCAGAAGGCCCACCCGCGCUUCAAGCGGAGCGGCGACGACCUCCACGCGGACAUGGUGCUCACGCUCAAGGAGGCCCUGCUGGGCUUCUCGCGCGGCGUCGAGCACCUCGACGGCCGGACCGUGACCGUGGCCCAGACCAAAAUCACGAAGCCGGGCGAGACGAAGCGGCUCAAGGGCGAGGGCAUGCCGCACCACAACUUCCCGUCCGAGUUCGGCGACCUCGUGGUCAAGUUCCAGAUCAAGAUGCCGGCGCAGCUGUCGGGCGCGCAGCGGGAGGCCGUCGAGUCGCUGUUCUGAGGGCUGUUGGCGGGGGCGAUUUUAUUUACUAGUAUAUUA